AUGGCCCCCGCCGACGCCGGAGACUUCCUCCUAGACGAGGACGACGACGAUUUCUUUGGGGAGCUCAAUCCCCACCCCUACCGUGGCGGCUACGACCUCGCCGCCACCUUCGGAACUCCUCUCCCGCCGUCCUCCAACAUAUGCUACCCCGUCUCCUCCUCUGCCGCCACCGCCGCCACCGCCGCCCCGCUAUCCCCUCGCCGCCUUCGCCCACACCGGAGCCAGAGGAUCCUCGGCCAGAGAAACCCUAUGGCACUGAGGAAGCGCUGCGGGGUCUGGCACACGAAAUCCCGCCGAACGGGGCGGCGAGGGAAGGGAAGGCGCGGAGGGGCAGGCGGACCCGUACGAGGAACGGCGGAUUGUGGUGGACAGUUACAUGGUUCCUGUUUGUGCGAUCAGGAAAGAAAGCGGGAGGAUGCCUUUUCCGUCGAGGUUGAAGUGGUGCCACCGUCGGUGGCGGUGGGAAUAGUGGAGGCGGACGAUGCCACUGGGGAACUGGUUCAGACCAAUGACUUAUCGUGGCAUAGUAACAACAGAGAUGAGGCCGAUACUUACAGCCAGUCAAUGUCCAAUUCAUACUAUACACCUUCUUUUGCGCAAUCUUAUGGUCUUCAUGGUGUUUUGGGCAAGCCAGAUUGGUUUCUCAAUUUCAGCUACUCAGAGUCUAAUCAAGCAGAGGAAUUUCAGCGUGAGGCGGCGUUGUCCUACGAUAUUGAGUGCAAGAUAUCUGAUCAACCUAUUCAUUGUUAUCACCAUCACUGCUAUAUACAAGCACUAGAUGUCCAGGUUGAACCCCCGGAACCAUCAUCUUCUGAGAGGUUGGAGUACUAUGAGCAUUUUUCAACAUAUCACGACCAAAGUGAUAUCCACAUUUUGGAAACUCCGGCACAUGCACACAACAUUCAGUCCUAUACAAGGACAUAUGAUCUACCACUUGAACCUUUUAAGCCAUCAUAUUCUCAGAAUUGGGGUUUUUAUGAUGCCUAUACGCAAGGGAAUGCUCUUGAAAACGAUAAACAUUCUCUAAUAUCUGGUGAAUAUGGAGGCAUUGGAAGCUUGUUCAUUUCCCCCUUUUAUCCUGGAGAGACAGAAUCGUUUGAGCUGGCCCCUCGUGAUGAACAUGCAUCCUUUGAGCAUAAUUGUCAUAAUUUGAUAUACAGAAACAUGCCCAUGGAUGAUGUCUCUCUAAUUACUCAACCGUACAGCGAUUACUGA